CAUAAAAAUAAGCGAUAAUUUAUGAAAAAAUGUCGCUUUAUCUUCAUUUAUUUUCUUUUUUUUCCAAUAAAAGUUCCCUUUUUUUAAUCAGUUUUUCUGUUACAAAACUGAACUGUAAUCCAAAGUGGUGUGGUUUUGAGCCUUUAAUUCAUUCAUCAGUUUAAAUGACCAAUUAUUUCCUUUUUGCCUCCGAAAAUUGAAAAACUUAUUUAAAUUAACUAAUCCAUCUUUGAUUAAUGAUCGAAAAUGCCUUUCGGUUAUUUGAAAAGAAUGUUUUUCAAAACUCGACCCAAAAAAGCCCUGCUAACUCGAACAUCAACGCUACCGGAAAUAAAUCUGGCAUCGCCCAUUUACAUCGUGAUUGAAAACGCCGAGGACGACCCUAUCCAAAACACGAUUGACGAAUCAAAUGACGACUUGAUCAUUCCCGGAAUCAACCGACAGGGUGGACGGGACAGCAUGACUAUAAACGCAGAUGUUUCCCCCCUCGUGACUCCUCCCCCGCCUAUUGUGAUUGACGAUGACGACGUGGAGGAACCUUCAGGGACACCGGUUGAGGACAACGACUUUCCUAGAGGCGAAGAUGUCAACUCAACGCACAGAGGUGCAGGCAGUCCCCCGACUCCUAACUCGCCCUCGUCGCCCUCGAAUUGUGCGGCAGCCGAACUAACCACUGGGAGGAAUUCCCCGCGUUUGUUUCAAGUUGUAGAGUACUUAGAAAUGAAAAACUCGAAGAGUGGGAGCAAGACAUCUGGUAGCUCGAAGGGUUCUGGUAUGGACUCGGAGGCCACAUCUACAACGUCUAGUAAGACCUCGAAGGGAUCCAGCAUCAAGAACAAACUGUCGUCAGCAGCCAGCUCACUAAGCAAGAAACUCAGCAGCAAAAAGAGCAGCAACAUCUAG